GCGGACUGCAGUGAAAUGGACCCGUCCAUCUAUUGUUCAGGUGUCUACCGAAUCACGCCUUCACCUGGAGUCAGCUUCGAUGUGUACUGUGACUUUGACACAGUCAACGGAACCUGGACGGUGAUACAAAACAGACAGAGUGGCGAGGAGAAUUUUUUCAGGUCCUGGGCUUCCUAUAAAACCGGAUUUGGAAAUCUUAAAGGGAAUUUCUGGCUAGGUAACGAUAAUAUCAGCAACCUGACCCUGACACCUUCUAUCCUCCGUGUAGAAGCUACCUCCUGGUAUGGUGACGCCCGGUACGCACAAUACUCCACAUUCAAAGUAGAAAACGAAGUAAACAAGUAUAGACUGACUGUGUCCGGAUUCUCAGGGAAUGCCAAUUAUGAUGCUAUGGCCCUUCAUAACGGUAUGGCUUUCUCCACCUAUGAAAGGGAUAAUGAUAUGAGUUCUUCAAACUGUGCUGACACGUACAAGGGCGCUUGGUGGUACAAAAGCUGCUAUGACUGCAAUUUAAACGGCAGAGAAUACCAGAAUGGCACAGAUAAUUUCCAAUCCUUGAUCUGGGACUGGUUCUAUCCCAAUAUUCAAUAUCCCCAGAUGAUGACAACAAAGAUGCUCGUAAAACGUCAGGGAACAUAA